AUGUUUAACCUAAUGAAGAAAGACAAGGACAAAGAUGGCGGGCGGAAGGAGAAGAAGGAGAAGAAGGAGAAGAAGGAGCGGAUGUCGGCGGCAGAGCUGCGGAGCCUGGAGGAGAUGAGCCUGCGUCGUGGCUUCUUCAAUCUGAACCGUUCCUCCAAGCGUGAGUCCAAGACCCGCCUGGAAAUCUCCAACCCCAUCCCCAUCAAGGUGGCCAGUGGCUCUGACCUGCACCUGACCGACAUUGACUCUGACAGCAACAGGGGCAGCGUCAUCCUGGACUCGGGCCACCUAAGCACCGCCAGCUCCAGCGAUGACCUCAAGGGUGAGGAAGGCAGUUUCCGCGGCUCUGUGCUGCAGCGGGCGGCCAAGUUUGGCUCCCUGGCCAAGCAGAACUCACAGAUGAUUGUCAAACGCUUCUCCUUCUCCCAGCGGAGUCGGGAUGAGAGUGCCUCAGAAACCUCCACCCCUUCCGAGCACUCUGCGGCCCCGUCCCCGCAGGUGGAGGCGAGGACUCUAGAGGGACAGCUGGUGCAGCAUCCCGGCGCAGGCAUCCCUCGGCCAGGGCCCCGGUCCCGAGUGCCUGAGCUGGUGACUAAAAGGUUCCCGGCUGACCUGCGCUUGCCCCCCGUGGUGCACCUGCCACCGCCUCCCCUCCGGGAGCUGGAGCUGCAGCGACGGCCCACUGGAGACUUCGGCUUCUCCCUGCGCCGCACAACCAUGCUGGAUCGGGGCCCCGAGGGCCAGGUCUACCGGAGGGUGGUUCACUUUGCUGAGCCUGGCGCGGGCACCAAGGACCUGGCCCUGGGGUUGGUGCCGGGUGAUCGUCUGGUGGAGAUUAAUGGGCACAACGUGGAGAGCAAGUCCAGGGACGAGAUUGUGGAGAUGAUCCGGCAGUCCGGGGACAGUGUGCGGCUCAAGGUGCAACCCAUUCCGGAGCUCAGUGAGCUGAGCCGGAGCUGGCUGCGGAGUGGCGAGGGACCCCGCAGGGAGCCAGCCGAUCUGGACCCUGAGGCCGCCUCUCCUGCCCACAGCCAGGUGAAGACAGAAGAGCAGAUUGCAGCUGAGGAGGCCUGGUAUGAGACAGAGAAGGUGUGGCUGGUCCAUAAGGAUGGCUUCUCUCUGGGCAGUCAGCUCAAAUCUGAGGAGCUCAGCUUGCCAGAAGGCAAGGUGCGUGUGAAGCUAGACCAUGAUGGCGCCAUCUUGGAUGUGGAUGAGGAUGAUGUGGAGAAGGCUAAUGCUCCCUCCUGCGACCGUCUAGAAGAUUUGGCCUCGCUGGUGUACCUCAAUGAGUCCAGCGUCCUCCACACACUGCGCCAGCGCUAUGGUGCUAGCCUGCUGCAUACGUACGCUGGCCCCAGCCUGCUCGUCCUCAGCCCCCGUGGGGCCCCUGCCGUGUACUCUGAGAAGGUGAUGCAUAUGUUCAAGGGGUGUCGGCGGGAGGACAUGGCACCCCACAUCUAUGCCGUGGCCCAGACCGCAUACAGGGCAAUGCUGAUGAGCCGCCAGGACCAGUCUAUCAUCCUCCUGGGCAGCAGCGGCAGUGGCAAGACCACCAGCUGCCAGCAUCUGGUGCAGUACCUGGCCACCAUCGCAGGCACCAGUGGGAACAAGGUGUUUUCUGCAGAGAAGUGGCAGGCUCUGUACAGCCUCUUGGAAGCCUUUGGGAACAGCCCCACCAUCAUGAACGGCAAUGCCACUCGCUUCUCCCAGAUCCUCUCCCUGGACUUUGACCAAGCUGGCCAAGUGGCCUCAGCCUCCAUCCAGACGAUGCUACUGGAGAAGCUGCGUGUGGCCCGACGCCCAGCCGGUGAGGCCACCUUCAACGUCUUCUACUACCUGCUGGCCUGUGGGGAUGGCACCCUCAGGACAGAGCUCCACUUGAACCACUUGGCAGAGAACAAUGUGUUUGGGAUUGUGCCACUGGCCAAGCCUGAGGAGAAGCAGAAGGCGGCUCAGCAGUUCAGUAAGCUACAGACCGCCAUGAAGGUGCUGGGCAUCUCCCCAGAUGAACAGAAAGCCUGCUGGCUCAUCCUGGCUGCCAUCUACCACCUGGGGGCUGCAGGCGCCACCAAAGAGGCCCCCGAGGAGCAAGCCGAAGCUGCUGAAGCUGGGCGCAAGCAGUUUGCCCGCCACGAGUGGGCCCAGAAGGCCGCAUACCUGUUGGGCUGCAGCUUGGAGGAGCUCUCCUCAGCCAUCUUCAAGCACCAGCACAAGGGUGGAACCCUACAACGUUCCACCUCCUUCCGCCAGGGCCCUGAGGAGAGCAGCCUGGGAGAUAGUACAGGCCCCAAACUGAGUGCACUGGAGUGCUUAGAGGGCAUGGCGUCUGGCCUCUACAGUGAGCUCUUCACCCUUCUCGUCUCCCUGGUGAACAGGGCUCUCAAGUCCAGCCAGCACUCACUCUGCUCCAUGAUGAUUGUGGACACUCCGGGCUUCCAGAACCCUGAGCAGGGUGGGUCGGCCCGUGGAGCCUCCUUUGAGGAGCUAUGCCACAACUACGCCCAGGACCGGCUGCAGAGACUCUUCCACGAGCGCACCUUUGUGCAGGAGUUAGAAAGAUACAAGGAGGAGAACAUUGAGCUGGCAUUUGACGACUUGGAGCCAGCCACGGAUGAUUCUGUGGCAGCUGUGGACCAAGCCUCCCAUCAGUCCCUGGUCCGCUCACUGGCACGCACCGACGAGGCAAGGGGCCUGCUAUGGCUAUUGGAAGAGGAGGUGCUGGUGCCAGGGGCCACUGAGGAUGCCCUCCUGGAGCGCCUUUUCUCCUACUAUGGCCCCCAGGAGGGUGACAAGAAAGGCCAGAGCCCCCUCCUGCGCAGCAGCAAACCCCACCAUUUUCUCCUGGGCCACAGUCAUGGCACCAACUGGGUCGAGUAUAAUGUAGCUGGCUGGCUGAGCUACACGAAACAGAACCCAGCCACCCAGAAUGCCCCCCGGCUCCUGCAGGACUCCCAGAAGAAAAUCAUCAGCAACCUGUUUCUGGGCCGGGCGGGCAGCGCCACGGUGCUGUCGGGCUCCAUCGCAGGCUUAGAGGGCGGCUCGCAGCUGGCGCUGCGCCGGGCCACCAGCAUGCGGAAGACCUUCACCACGGGCAUGGCGGCUGUCAAGAAGAAGUCUCUGUGCAUCCAGAUUAAGCUGCAGGUGGACGCCCUCAUAGACACCAUCAAGAAAUCAAAGCUGCAUUUCGUGCACUGCUUCCUGCCUGUAGCAGAGGGCUGGGCUGGGGAGCCCCGUUCUGCGUCUUCCCGCCGGGUCAGCAGCAGCAGCGAGCUGGACCUGCCCUCGGGGGACCACUGCGAGGCUGGGCUCCUGCAGCUGGACGUGCCCCUGCUCCGUGCCCAGCUCCGCGGCUCCCGCCUGCUUGACGCCAUGCGCAUGUACCGCCAAGGUUACCCUGACCACAUGGUAUUUUCCGAGUUCCGCCGCCGCUUUGACGUCCUGGCACCACACCUGACCAAGAAACAUGGGCGCAACUACAUCGUGGUGGAUGAAAGGCGGGCAGUGGAGGAGCUGCUGGAGUCCCUCGACCUGGAGAAGAGCAGCUGCUGCAUGGGCCUGAGCCGGGUGUUCUUCAGGGCUGGCACGUUGGCUCGGCUGGAGGAGCAGCGGGACGAGCAGACCAGCAGGAACCUAACCCUGUUCCAGGCGGCCUGCAGGGGCUACCUGGCCCGCCAGCACUUCAAGAAGAAAAAGAUCCAGGACCUGGCCAUCCGCUGUGUGCAGAAGAACAUCAAGAAGAACAAAGGGGUGAAGGACUGGCCCUGGUGGAAACUCUUUACCACCGUGCGGCCCCUCAUCGAGGUGCAGCUGUCCGAGGAGCAGAUCCGGAACAAAGACGAGGAGAUCCAGCAACUGCGGAACAAGCUUGAGAAGGUGGAGAAGGAGCGGAACGAGCUUCGGCUCAACAGCGACCGGCUGGAAACCCGGGUGAGUGACUCCCAACACCAGGCUGACUGGCCACCUCCGGCUCUGGAUCUCAUUCUUCUCACGCUGAAGGCGGCUCAGCUGCUCCUCCAGCUGGACGGAGGCAAGACCGAUCAGAGGGCGUGGGGCCUCGAGUGCCCGACGGCACCAGGUGGCAAAUCCGAACUUCCCCAUGCCACCUCCAAAGGGAAGGGGAGCCUGGCCAGCCGGCUCAAGGAGAACAUGGAGAAGCUGACUGAGGAGCGGGAUCAGCGCACAGCAGCUGAGAACCGGGAGAAGGAGCAGAACAAGAGGCUACAGCGGCAGCUCCGCGACACCAAGGAGGAGAUGGGCGAGCUCGCCAGGAAGGAGGCCGAGGCGAGCCGCAAGAAGCAUGAACUGGAGAUGGAUCUGGAGAGCCUGGAGGCCGCUAACCAGAGCCUGCAGGCCGAUCUCAAGCUGGCAUUCAAGCGCAUUGGGGACCUGCAGGCCGCCAUCGAGGACGAGAUGGAGAGCGAUGGGAAUGAGGACCUCAUCACCAGCGAGGGGGACUCAGAUGUGGACUCUGAGCUGGAGGACCGGGUCGACGGGGUCAAGUCAUGGUUGUCGAAAAACAAGGGGCCUUCCAAGGCAGCGUCCGACGAUGGCAGCUUGAAGAGUUCCAGCCCCACCAGUUACUGGAAGUCCCUUGCCCCUGACCGGUCAGAUGAUGAACACGACCCUCUGGACAGCACCUCCAGGCCAAGAUAUUCCCAUAACUAUCUGAGUGACAGCGACACAGAGGCCAAGCCGACAGAGACCAACGCAUAG